UACAAAACAAAUUAAAAAUGCCAUCGUAGGGGAAAAAAAUACCAAAAACCAUAUCAAACAGAAUAUUUAAAAGAAGCCAGAAGAAUCAGAUAAAUCUCCUGAGAAAGUGGUAGUGUCUAGAUCUAUAUAAAAUUUUUAAAAAAUGUUUUCCAGAACCGUUGAAUCGGGCGUCCAGGUAUUUUCAAGAACAAAAUCCCGAGGAACUACCAUAUCCGGUAUAAAUCCUCAUUUCUUUGAAGAUGGCGAGCCUCUGCCCGGUCAACUAAUUGAACUUCUCGCUAGAGACCACGUAAACUAUGUCUGCAUUAUGGUAGAUCUCAUUGUUCGAGCAAUUCUACCACCGAAAUACUACAACGAAUUCAAGGGGGUCAAAGUGAUUUUAUUCGACACGAAUUCGAUGAUUUGUGUGUUUAUGGUGCGCCAGAUAUUAGAGAAGAAACUGGAACCGUUCAACCUACAAAGCGACGAGAAAAAAACAGUUGUAGAAGAAGCUUUGAAGAACUUGUCUGUUAUAAAGUGUUAUACACUGGAAGAGUUUGAAAUUACGAUCCGAAAUUUCGAAGAUACGCUGGACAAAGACGACCAAAUCGGUCUAGUAAUAUUAGACGACGUUUUUACGCAGUAUUGGUGUGCCCAGUUUUGUGGGGACGAUCUGAGCUACGAAGAAUAUUGCUUAAAAUAUCUACGCUUGCUACACAACGCCAUUAAAGAUUCGAAUGUAACAAUGAUCUAUCACAGAUCAGUUAAUAUGGAAUUUAAGAAGUCUGGAUUUAAUAUUUUGGCAUACAGCAUAGAUGUAAGCCUUGAAGAUGUUCCUGACUUCUAUGAUGGAAUAACAUAUAAUGGUAUUUACUCUGCUGUGAUUAAGAAUCUUGAAAAAAACACUACAAAAAAAGCACAGUUUAGAAUCAAGGAUUGUCUUUUGUUAUUUAAUGUAUGACUGAAAAAAAAUGCUAUCUAUGAUGCUAUUUUUUUUGAUUGUAUGUUACAAUCAGUAUUGAUGGUUGGUUAAAGUGGUGAAUACGACUGCUUAUCGAACUACAAUUUCUUGGCAACAUCUUUAAGAUCUACGAAGCUGCAAUCUCCAAAGAAACAAUUCCUGGACAAACAAAUUAAGAGUUUCAAUAUUUCCAAUUGACUUUGGAAGUACUAUACUUUAGUAGUUUUAACAAAAAAUGAGUACUUGUUACUACUUGGAUUCAAAAUAAAAUCUACAACAG